UGAUGGUGAUCUAGAAGGAUGGUGUGAUGAUCCAAGUUUUUGUUCCACUAUUCGAAGUCUCUCAAAUUUUGUUCAAAAUACCGGAAGGUUUCUACUUUGAGAGUAAGCUUGAAACGUUUGUGAAAGAUCAAGAUGUGUGUAGGCAAAAGCAAAACCUUGAAAAGCAGGAGAGAAGAACAGUGACAUUAUGUGGUGAUCGGUUCUUGGCUAUAUCUAUCAAGAAGAGGGAGAAAAUACAUGUUUAUUCCCAUACACUUUCUCGAGGAGAUCGAACAACGGUUGAAAGGGAAUUGUUGGGGUGUUUGAUUAUGAUGUUACAGGUAAUUCAAUAGAAAAUACUUGAUAUAUGGCGUAGAACACGUUUAAAAGUAGAGAGUUAAAGUGCAUUUAGUUAGUCUUUGGUUGGUCCAGUUUAGUUUUGUUUUGGGAGAGAGAAUGUGAGAGGAGA